AUGGAGGACAACAAAAUCAAGGCUUAUCGCCUCAUCGGCUAUGCCGCAGUUUCGCUCAGUGCUGUCGGAAUCCUUUCGGUGUGCAUCACCCUUCCUUUGGUGUAUUCCUAUGUGAACAACCUCAAGGCUCAGAUGCACGCUGAUUUGAGACAGUGCCGUGAGACGGUCAACUCGGUCUAUGCCUCAGCGGUUGCAAUGCCAGCACUUCCAGCUAGCCGAAAUCGUACUGCUCGUGACGCCGGUUACGAGACCGAGGAUGCCGCUGUUGUCGGCUACAGCAGAGGCGGAACCUGCGAUGGGUGCUGUCUCCCAGGUGCACCAGGACCUGUCGGUCCAGCUGGUCGUCCUGGAAGACCGGGACGUCCAGGAGCCCCAGGAGUUCCAGGAAAUCCAGGACCAAAUGGACCAAAUGGACAUCCAGGAAACUCUGGCCCACCAGGACCACCAGGAGGACCUGGACGUUCGGACAAUCCAAAACCAGGAAAGCCAGGAACUCCAGGACGUCCAGGACCAAAGGGACCACGUGGACCAGCUGGACUACCAGGAACCGAUGGAGGACGUGGACAACCUGGAAGUCGUGGACCAGCUGGUCGGCCAGGAAAGCCAGGACUCGACAAAGUUCCAGGUCAGCCGGGACUGCCAGGAAACGACGGAACCCCAGGAGAACAAGGAAUCUGCCCCAAGUACUGCGCCAUCGAUGGCGGAGUCUUCUUCGAGGACGGCACUCGUCGUUAA